AUGAAUACACAGGGGAAAGAAAGGAUAAACGAAGAAGGUUCCGUUGAAACCAAGGUGGAGACAGUCGAUCACCGAUCACCAGCAGGGCAAGACGAACCCACCAAGGAGAAGGUGGGGGUGAUUCAUCUUAAGCGUAAUAAGAGGGAUUCUGGCAAUGAAGGUGGAAUUUUUCCUAGUGUAGCUGCUGCACUCACUAACACCUUCAAGUCUGCCAAGGAUGCCAUAAUGGGCGCCAGUAGCAAACCCCCCAAAUGA